AUGCGCCGGGUGGCGGUUUUGAAGCCCGAAGACAUCGAGACUCGCCUGUUCAUCGACGGCGAGUUCGUGGAGGCAACUAGCGGCAACUUCUUCGAUGACGUAAACCCAGCGACUGAGGAAGUCAUCUGCAAAGUUCAGGAAGCGAGCAAAGCAGAUGUGGACAAGGCGGUUGAGGCGGCGAGGAAGGCGUUCCCCGCCUGGUCACUGUCGACGAGUGCUUCGCAUCGCGCGCGCCUCCUCCACAGACUCGCUUCGCUCGUUGAGAAGCAUGCAGACGAAUUAGCGCUGAUUGAAUCCGUGGACUCAGGAAAGCCAAUCAGCAGCAUUCACACAAUCGACAUCGCUGGCGUCAUUCGCAUUCUUCACUACUACGCCGGAUGGGCGGAUAAAAUCGUUGGCAAGACGAUCCCAGUAGACAACCCUGACGAGUUCUUCUGCUACACCCGAAAGGAGCCUGUCGGAGUUGUUGCAGGAAUAGUCCCCUGGAACUACCCCCUGUACCUCCUGGUCCUGAAAGUUGCCCCUGCGUUGACAUGUGGAUGCACUGUGGUGAUGAAGACCAGCGAGAAAACGCCCCUGUCUGCACUGAAGCUUGCGCACCUGAUUCAGGAAGCGGGUUUCCCGCCGGGUGUUGUGAACAUUCUGAGCGGAUUCGGUCCGUCUGUGGGAAGCGCGUUGGCCGCGCACCCACACGUUGACAAAAUUUCUUUUACAGGAAGUACGGCGACGGGGCGGAAAAUCGCCGAAGCUGGCUUGGUGCAUUUGAAGCGCGUUACACUGGAAUUGGGCGGCAAAAGCGCGCUCAUUGUGUGCGCAGAUGCCGACUUGGACCGCGCUGCCAUGAUCGCUUUCUACGGCCUCUUCCCCAACUCUGGUCAGUGCUGCGUAGCCAGCAGUCGCGUCUUCGUGCAGGAAUCUGUGCACGACGCGUUCCUUGACCAUCUGAAGACAUUCGUCAAAACCCACCUCCAUUUGCUGUGCCCGCAAGACAAGGCCUGCACACAGGGCCCUCUCGUCGACAAGAUUCAAUUCGACCGAGUCAUGAAAUACAUCCAACAAGGCAUUGCUGAGGGCGCAACAGUUGCCAUGGGAGGCACCGAGAAGGAAGGAAAAGGCUUCUGGGUGAUGCCCACCAUCUUCACCGACGUGUCGGAUGAUAUGACAAUCGCGAAGGAAGAGAUAUUUGGACCGGUUAUUUGCCUGCUCAAGUUCAAGACUGCAGAUGAAGCAAUCGACAGGGCAAACGAAUCGCACUACGGUCUCGGAGCCGGAAUCUGCACGAAGGAUAUCGGCUUGGCCUACCACUGCGCGAACAGACUGAAGGCCGGUAACGUCUUCAUCAACUGCUACAACACGACCGAUAUCGCGGCGCCUUUCGGCGGCUUCAAGCAGAGCGGCUACGGAAGGGAAGGAGGCGAAGAAGGCUUGUUCCCGUACUUGGAGAUCAAGGCGGUGUACUCGAAGGUUGACCACCCCAGCGACGUUCUGCCUGGAGAGAGCGCCUGCUAA